AUGGGAGAGGAUCGGAGUAACAGGUCACAGAAAAAAAGCUUUAAGGCUGUCUUUAAAAUAUAUUCCUUCGGCAAGGAUUUUGAUGCAGCAGGGAAGAAAUGGACGCAGGAGUUGUGUCGGAAGGACUCGGACGGGGACGGUAAAACCAAUGGAGAAGAACUUGGCGACCCGAACUGCGUGUGGCGGGAAAACGCUAUUCCGGAUAAAAAUGCAAUUUCUCAUCCAGGUGUUUGCAAGCCAUUCAACGGCAGCUUCUGUGGGCCAAAGAACACGUGGGUGACGUGCGAGUUAGAAAGUUUCAAAUGUGACGCAAUCAACCAACCUGGUGUUAAGAACAUAACAUUGAGGUAUAACGAAACCAGAGUACCCAGCAAAGAAACCAACUAUUUCUGUAAGACCUUUGAACUUCCAAAUGAUGGCGACUAUCACCUGAUUGCAACAACGCCGUAUAUAGAUAACGAAUACGUUAUGCAUCAUAUUCUACUCUUUGGAUGCAACGGAUCUGUCAACCCUGGGAAGCCUUUUCCUGUUCGUUGUGGAAUGACACCAAGUUCAUGUUUGGCCAUUAUCGGAGGCUGGACUGUUGGAUCCAACGGGGAAUGUGCCCACAAGGACGUAGGAUUCCGUAUUGGACAAAACGGAUUUAAAUUUGCAACUUUGCAGUUUCAUUGGAAUAAUCCCGAACGGCGCUCUGACUACAAUGACAGUUCCGGUAUGACGUUAUACUACACACCUAACAGACGACCAAACGACGCCGCCAUUUUGGUGGUAGGUCAGGAUUAUCUGGAAAUUCCACCCGGGAAAGAUCGCGUGGAAGUGGACGCCAUAUGUUCCGCAGACAUCACCAGUCGCCUUCUCUCUGGUCCUGUCUAUAUCACUAGAGCAUUUAACCAUAUGCACUACUUAGGCCGAGAAGAAUACAUUGAGCAGUAUAGGAAUGGUGUCAAGAUAAAUACCUUGACAAACAACCGCCAGUAUAGCUACGAUAGACCCCGAAUGUCAGAGUACGAUACAUCAAUAGAAGUUUUGCCUGGUGAUGAAAUCAGAACAAAAUGCGUGUAUAAAUCUUCAUCGAAAUCUGUCACUACAUUUAAAGGCGAUGCGACUUCCGAUGAGAUGUGCUACGGUUUUCUUGCAAUUCACCCAUUAUCAAACUUACGAUUUCAAUCUCAAUCUCUAUACUGCACAAGUUGGAAAAGUCUCUCUACAAUACAAUUACAUGUAUAUGACGUCACCAAUGGCUGCAAUAGAAAAACUUUCUUGAAUUUCUGGCAUCCAGAUAUGGCGAAUAUUUCUCGUAGAGUUUUCCAGAGUUGUCGACCCUUAUCAAUGUGUUUAGAAGAGUGUAAAGAUGUCGUCAAAGAAAUCAGACGUCACCCUUGCAUGCAAGGUGAUGUUAGGGAAUAUCUUAAAAUGGAGGCCCUACAAUCGCACAACAUAGAAAACCUUCAAUUUUACUCCAUGAUUGAAUCCUGCGAUCUUGAAAUGCUGCAGGAAACCAUGAAAAAUCAGACAAAGGGGAACACGAAUGAUGGUUCACGACUAUCUCUUCAUCUCUUUAUGUUGGUUACACUCUUGCUUUUUUGUAUUUUUAAAGUCCGUUAUAGGUGAGACACAAGUUGUCUUUCGUCAUGAAUAAGUACACUUGUAUGUUCGAAACCUUUCUGAAGAUUAAAAUAUUUCACCAUAAUAUCCUCAAUAUAUUUCAAUUUACGUUUCUUUAGCCUCAUUAUGAAGACACUUUAGUGCCAUUUUUUUCGUGUUUAUUUUUACGCUUGAGUAUACUAGGAAAAGGCAUUCAGAUCAAUUCCAAAGCCAGCUUUGUAAAAUAACACAUCAAAUGUAAAUAUUCAAUAUAAUACGCUUUAAUCAGACAUUUAAUACAUGUAUUUUGGUGAUUAAAUUAAGUGUUCUCUGAA